UAGUUUUGCAUCACAAUGUCUUUUAUUGGUAAUACUUCAGAUCUGGAGUGUGAAAAGAAUGAGUAUCCUAGAUCGCCGCGUCCUACAAGUGGCAUAGUGACCAAAGUGGCUGCCCAUAAGCUAUCUGCAGAGCCCAAAUGGUCGGAUAAGCGCAUUUCUGGACAACAACAGCAGCAGCAACAACAACAAGAUGAUGAUUCCGAUUCGGAAAUAUCAUCGCCGGAUAAUUUCCUAACCAAGGGGGCCUUCCUACUGACACCCUCCUAUGAACUAUCCAUGGAACGAGCCGCUUUAAUUUGUGAAAAAAUGAGCUUCAAGGGCUGUUUCAGUUUGACGAAAACCGCUACAGGAAUUCUAUUUAAAUUCUCACAUCCAGAUGACUAUCAGGCGGUGUUCAAGAAGGGAUUCCAUAAGGUGACUGGGGCGCGGUUCUAUCGCAAAAUUGCCAUACCUUGCCGACCACGCAAAACCUUCACGCUCUAUGUACUGGAUGUGCCCGAGGACUUGCCCGUCGAGGAUAUCCGACAUGCCAUGUACAAGUUCGACUCGGUUGUCGAGGUGGUGCGUCUGCAUAUCUACUCAAGCAUCACCACAUCCAACAUAUCGGGCAGCAAUAUUGCCGGAGCCGGUGGUUCAUCCGACAAGGGCGUGGGCGUUGAAGGUGAGCAGACGUUGCAGACUUUGCGCAGAGCGGCCAUAAGAAGCAGCAGCUCCAAAAACAUUGGUCUAGGUGGUGUCAGUGGUUCUGUGGCCGAUCAGGUCGAGAAGGCCGAACGCCCGGAGAGACGUGAACUGCCGCCGGCUGUUAUACGCAUCACAUUGGCCUCAAUGGACGAGUAUAAUAUAUUAUUGCAGAACGGCUUGAACUUUUAUGACGCCACAUUCUUUCCAACCGAUGCGAAUAUCUCCCUAAAAGGCGCCAAAAUUGACUACAAGCGGAGAAUGUUGGAUGGCUCGAUACCGGGGCGUGUGCGCGAGUUACUUCCCGUUUUCGAUGCAGCUGGCUUCUGCAAAUUGCCUCCACCCACCAGUAAGCUAAUUAAGCCACCGAGGUCAUGAAUCCAUCGACGAGUUGGUGACGGCGGGGAUCGCCCCUCACCCACACGCCUCCUGCCUCCCCGCCCAUUCCCCUCUUCCCAAGCCCACAUUGACGACGAUGACGACGACGACGAAACAAAAAAAAAAAAAAAACC